AUGCCCAUCAACAAGGGCCUCGGGGCGGAAGGUGUAACAGCGAAGGAAGUCUACUGCCUGCACGCGCGAGGCGCCAGCGUGGUGGUACCCCUGUGGGGCCAUGUCGACAGCGGAAAGACGACGCUGUUCAAUCUGCUCCAGCAACUGUCCGCCAUCGCCAACGGGCUGCCUACCAUGGAGGGCAACACGGGACUCGUGCGCCAGGUGCUAAGCAAGCCGUCCAACACCACCACCAAUCCGGGCCGGUCGGUCUUUUUAGCGUCGCGAGACCGAGGAAUCACCAUUCACUACCAGGAAGGACGGAAGGCGAUUCCUCUGGCCGCCAACCUCCGCGCGAUGCUCGUCGACAUGCCUGGCCAGGGCGAGUUCGAAGCCGGCUUCAGCCGAAACGGCCGCACAAGGGAGCACAUCCUCCUUUCGUACCUCCAGGGCUGCCGCAGUCUGAUCGUGGCGGUCAACAAGAUGGACGAUCGGACUGUUGGUUGGUCGCAGGCGCGCUACGACUCCAUCCAAACCGAGGUCCUGGACCUCUGCAAGCGGACGGGCUUUGCGAGCGACCGCGUGCGCUUUGUGCCGAUCAGCGCGUACACGGCGGACAACGUCAUCACCAAGUCGAAACACAUGGCCUGGUGGACUGGGCCGACUCUCCUGCAAUCAAUGCUGGAGACCAUCCAGACCCUGCCCGUCUGGGCCAACCCCCGACGCCGCCUGGCGCUGACGAAGCAGCCCUUGCGUCUGGUGGUACACCGCAGCACGACAGUCAGUCGACGGGCUGGCAAGGUGCUCCUCGAGGCAUCGGUCGUCAGCGGCCGAGUCAAGGCCGGCGACAAACUAUCGCUGCCCGCACUCGGCCUGCAGGGACUGGAGGUGCUGUCGCUGGAGCAGCUCAACAAGCCCAUCGCCCGAGCCGAGGCACCCUUCGACCGGGUUGGGCUGAUGGUGAAGCUGUUGGAGCUCACCUCGAAGUCGGGCAAAAAAGACCUUGACAUGGGCUACCAGAUCCAGGCCAAGUAUCUUCGACGCGGUGCACUGCUCACAAAGGCGGACCGCAACGUCGCCGAAGGCGCACCGGAGAUGAGGCGAGUCAAGUCCCUGACCGCGCUGGUCUUCGUCGUCAAUCAUCCGCGAGGCAUCAAAGACGGGUACAAACCGGUAGCCUGGUUCCACAUGUUCAACACGGCGUGCUCGCUGCGCUUGCUCCAGGAGGUCGACAAGAAGACAAGUGAGGUGCUGAGAGAGCACCCUGUCAGCAUCACGAACGGAAAGGCGUGCCUGGUGGAAAUGGUGCCGGACAAGCCGCUCUGCACCGUGGUCUACGGAGAACAGCCGCCGCUCGGCACGUUCAUCCUUCGUGACCUGCGACAGACGAUCGGGGCCGGGGUCGUGAAGUCGAUCGAGUGGGCCGAUGACGGCAAAACGGGUCUCUUCGGGCGACUCGUGCAGGCCAAGAGCGUCGAGCCUCCACCCGUCACUACCACCGCCUUGGACACCCUCACAGUGACCGGAGGAGCCAGUGUGCGGCUUGAAGUUGCGUCGCAGGACCGCGACAAGCCGGGCAUCUUUACGCACCAGACUCGAUCUGUCCCUGAUACACUGCAGCCCGCGUUCGAGGAGUCCUUCGUCUUCGACUCUGUGAACCCGCAUGGGCUGUAUCUGUGGCUCGAACUCGUCGACACCACUGCGCCGCACCGCGACUUUGGCCACCGGACGGUGCGCCUCUCGGCGCUGGCCCACAACGGCGGGGUCAUCGGUGGCUCCUACGACCUCGUCAACCCGACCAAACACAUCAAUUCGGUCGUGAUCAAGGCCCAGUGGGUCCAGUCCACCGCCAGCGCCGGGCCUCGAAGUGCGAGCAAGGCCACUUCCUCGGCGCUGGGGCACUAA